GACCACAUCUAUGGCCUGCCAUACCACACUGAGGUGUUACAUCACUCUGACCCAGUCUCUCCACCUGACGAUGAGUGGCGCCCCAUCUGGUCCAGCAGGCACUGGGAAGACUGAAACCACCAAGGACCUGGGCCGUUCCCUAGGCAUCAUGGUCUAUGUAUUCAACUGCUCCGAACAGAUGGACUACAAGUCCAUAGGGAACAUCUAUAAAGGUCUGGCCCAGACGGGUGUGUGGGGCUGUUUUGAUGAGUUCAACAGGAUCUCUGUGGAGGUGCUAUCUGUGGUGGCAGUACAGGUCAAAACCAUACAGGACGCCAUCAGGAACAAGAGACAGAGGUUCUAUUUCCUAGGUGAGGAGAUUGAGCUGAGGCCGACUGUAGGGAUUUUUAUCACUCUGAACCCAGGCUAUGCUGGGAGAACUGAACUACCAGAGAACCUCAAGGCCUUGUUCAGGCCGUGUGCAAUGGUGAUUCCUGACUUUGAGUUGAUCUGUGAGAUCAUGCUGGUGGCUGAGGGAUUCAUCGAUGCUCGCCUGCUCGCACGCAAGUUCAUCAGCCUGUACACACUCUGCAAGGAGCUGCUCUCUAAACAGGACCACUAUGACUGGGGCCUGAGGGCCAUCAAGUCAGUGCUGGUGGUGGCUGGAUCACUGAAGAGAGAGGACAGGAGCAGACCAGAGGAACAGGUCCUGAUGCGAGCGUUGAGGGAUUUUAACCUUCCUAAAAUAGUAACCAGUGACGUCCCCAUAUUCCUGGGUCUGAUCAGUGACCUGUUUCCCCUGCUGGACGUCCCCAGGAAGAGAGACCCAGAGCUGGAGACAGCUGUACGACAGUCAGUCAGCGAACUACACCUGCAGCCUGAGGAAAACUUCAUACUCAAGGUGACUCAGUUGGAGGAGCUGCUGUCUGUCAGACACUCAGUGUUUGUAGUGGGAGGAGCUGGGACGGGGAAGAGCCAGAUCUUGAAGACCCUCCACAGAACCUAUGCUAACCUGAGGAUGAAGCCUGUGUGGCACGACAUCAACCCUAAAGCUGUGACCACAAACGAACUGUUCGGCUAUCUACAUCCUGCUACCAGAGAAUGGAAGGACGGCCUGUUCUCCUCCACUAUGAGGGAGCUGACACGACAGGUGGGCCAUGACGGGCCCAAGUGGAUUGUUCUGGAUGGAGACAUAGACCCCAUGUGGAUAGAAUCCCUCAACACUGUCAUGGAUGACAACAAGGUGUUAACCUUGGCCAGUAAUGAGCGUAUCAGUCUAUCUUCCUCCAUGCGGCUGCUUUUUGAGAUCAGCCAUCUAAGAGCUGCAACCCCAGCCACAGUCUCCCGCGCUGGGAUACUAUACGUCAAUCCACAAGACCUGGGCUGGAGCUCGUACGUGACAAGUUGGAUUGACACCAGGCAGGCCCAAUCAGAGCGAGCCAACUUGACCAUCCUGUUUGACAAGUACGUUCCCUACUGCCUGGAGCAGGUCCGCUGUAACCUCAAGACCAUCACUCCUAUACCUGAGAACAGCAUGGUGCAGACGCUGUGUUCCUUGUUGGACUGCCUGCUGACAGAAGACAACACUCCUCCUGACUCUCCCAGAGAACUCUAUGAGAUCUACUUUGUCUUCGCCUGCGUCUGGGCCUUUGGAGGAGCUCUGUUCCAGGACCACUUGAUAGACUAUCGUGCUGAGUUCAGUCGCUGGUGGUCGAAGGAGAUGAGAGCGGUGAAGUUCCCUUCGCAGGGCACAGUGUUCGACUACUUCAUAGACUCAGACACUAAGAAGUUCACUCCCUGGAGUGAGAGGACGCCCCGGUUCGAGCUGGAGCCUGAAGUCCCCCUACAGACGGUGCUAGUCCACUCGGCAGAGACCAUCUGUCUGACGUACUUCAUAGACCUGCUGCUGCAGAGAGGGAAGCCUGUGAUGUUGGUGGGGAACGCUGGAGUUGGAAAGACCAUCCUGGUGUCUGAUAAAGUAGCCAAGCUAAAGGAGGACUACAUGGUGGCUAAAGUCCCCUUCAACUACUACACCACCUCGGCUAUGCUACAGCGUGUGUUAGAGAAGCCUCUAGAGAAGAAGGCAGGGCGUAACUAUGCUCCUCCUGGAACCAAGAAACUCAUCUACUUCAUAGACGACCUCAACAUGCCUGAGGUGGAUGUGUAUGGUACUGUCCAACCACACACACUCAUACGCCAGCACCUGGACUACAACCACUGGUAUGACAGACAGAGGCUGGUGCUGAAAGAAAUCCAUAACUGCCAGUACAUCACCUGUAUGAACCCUACAGCAGGGAGCUUCUCAGUGAACCCCAGACUACAGAGGCAUUUCUCAGUGUUUGCAGUUCAUUUCCCUAGCGCUGAGGCACUAGCCACCAUCUUCACUAGCAUCCUGUCAGCCCACUUCCUCCAGGGGGGCUUCAGCUACGGCGUCUCGCGCUCUGUAGGAACACUAAUACAGGCAGCCAUCUGUCUCCAUCAGAAGAUCAGUCAGAACUUCCUCCCCACGGCCAUUCGCUUUCACUAUAUCUUCAACCUAAGGGACCUCUCCAACAUCUUCCAGGGUAUUCUGUUUGCCCUGCCAGAUUGUGUGCGUUACCCCAUAGACCUGGUCCAUCUGUGGCUCCAUGAGUCGUCCCGGGUGUACUCUGACAAACUGAUGGAGGAGAAGGAUGUGGAACUCUUCAACAAGAUCCUACUGGACACUGGCAAGAGAUACUUUGAGGGUAUAGAUGAGUCUAUUUUCAUCCACCAGCCCCUGGUGUACUGUCACUUUGCCCAUGGGGUGGGGGAGCCCAGGUACCACCAGGCAUCAGACUGGGAGAAGCUCCAGAAGACCCUGACUGAUGCUCUGGAACACUACAACGAGCUGCAUGCUGUCAUGAACCUGGUGCUGUUUGAGGAGGCCAUGCAGCAUGUGUGUCGCAUCAGUCGUAUCCUGGAGGCCCCCCAUGGUAAUGCUCUGCUGGUGGGGGUGGGAGGCAGUGGGAAGCAGAGUCUGUGUCGCCUCGCUGCCUUCCUCAGUACCCUGGAGGUGUUCCAGAUUACACUGAGGAAAGGCUACGGAAUACAUGACCUACGGGUACGGAGUAUGCACCAAAUAACGGCUAAGUACAACAGAUUUGCUGGAAGGUUGAACGCAAGAACCCUAGAUGUCUAG